CCACUCCAAAUUGGAAUGUGGACGUGAUGGAGGAGGGGUCAUUUCCCAACGGAUUACCUUUGAAUCUGCGGAGCCGUUCGCUCCGCUACUCUGUGACUACUCUCUUUGGGAGAGGCAGAGGGGGAGAGAGAGAGAGAGAGAGAGAGAGGUGUUCCACCUUGAGCACCUCGUCUUGGUUUUGGUUGAAUUCAACAUUUCUCUCUUCUCUCUCACCCUCCCUCUCUCUGUAAAAUCUGCGGCCUUCUUCGCUUUGGGUGCUUCCUUCUGAAAUCGAUUAGCUAAUCCGUUGUGAAGAGUCCAGAGCGACGGAGAAGGCAAGCAUGAACGAGAAGGCGUCGGUGUCUAAGGAGCUUAACGCUAAGCAUGCCAAGAUAUUGGAGGACCUUCUUAAGCAACCAGCAAAUAGGGAAUGUGCAGAUUGUCGAAGCAAGGCUCCACGAUGGGCAAGUGUGAACCUUGGAAUAUUUAUAUGCUUGCAAUGUUCAGGAAUUCAUCGGAGUCUUGGUGUACAUAUCUCAAAGGUACGGUCAACUAGUUUGGACACAUGGCUACCAGAGCAAGUUUCUUUCAUGCAAUCCAUGGGUAAUGAGAGAUCCAAUAGUUAUUGGGAAGCAGAACAACCAACAACUUUUGACAGACAUGGCAUUGAGAGAUUUAUCCGCGCCAAGUAUGAGGAGAAAAGAUGGGUUCCUAAGAGUACAAGGCAGCCAAGUGAAAAGAGCAUUGAGCUCAAUCUGCUUCUCGAAGGUGGAACUAAAAGUAGCAAUGUAAAAAACAUGAGGAAAUUUUCUCUUGAUGAGGCAAAGCUUACUGAGAACUUGGCUGAAGUUGCUCCUCAUGCAGUUCGACCCCGUGGGGUUUCUUUGGAUAUGAAGAACACAGUUAGUGCACCUGUUCGGAUCUCAGAGUGUGAUGCUUCCACAAAGAAGGAAAAUGGUGUAACAGAUCUCUUUACCUUGCUCUAUUCUCAGGAUGCAAAACAGGAUCAUGCAGCUGUGUCUCCUGCACAUUGGGCAACUUUUGAAUGUAAGAAUACAGUGUUUUCAUUAAACAUUUCCUGUGAAUUAUUCAUUGGGUACAGAAUAAUUGUAGAACAAUGAAUGCCACUGGCAAGUAACUGCUAACUUGCAGCAUUAAUUUUUUUAAUAAAAAGAAAAUUGUUACUGCCAUUUGUAUACUGAUUUGCUGAGUUCAAUUCAGUUUCAUUAGGCGAGACUAAGGGCUCAUUUGAGACAGAUUUGGAGAAAAAGUAGUUUCUCAAUAUGAAAUUACUUCUAUGCUGAUUAUUAGUUUAAAAUCAGACUGGGAGGAAACUUCCAGAACUAACUUCCUUCUAAAGUGAAUUUUAAUUUCAAAAUCAGUUUACCAACCAAAUUAUUGAAGGAACUACUUUCAUACUAAAAGAUCACUUCUAAGCUCUAAUUGGGUUCUGUCCCAAACAGAAUGAGGAUUUUGAUUUUAGUUAGCAUGCACCCACCCCCACUCUCACCCACCCAUGGCCGCACAUGCGAGUUUUCAAAAUUGUGUGCUUGACAUCAUUUGACUCCUAGAUGAUGUGAGCAACUCCCCUCUCAGCAGCCUAGCAUUACACUGAUCUGAAUUUCUAAUUGGAGCAAGCCAUUACUUUAUAGAUUGAAAUCUUGGACUUAGCCCCCAUUUGGAACAUCUCAAAUUAUAAGUACUUUUUUUUUCUUUUUUCAGAAAAGUACUUUUUAUAAGUACUUGUGUCAACAAGUUGUGUUUGGUUUACACUUGAAUAAUACUUAUUUCAAAUAGUAUUUUUCCAAACUACAUUUUUAUUUUUAAGAAAAUAAAUAUUUUCUACAAAAUAUUUUUCUGAAAAAAGUUCUUAAAAAGUACUUAUAAUAAGUAAGCCUAGACUACUUUCAGAUAGUACUUUUUCAGAAGUACUUUUUCAAAAAAGUACUUUUCUAUGAGUGGUUCCAUAUGAUCCAUUACAAACCCAAAUUUGUGGUUACAGAAGCAAUUCUAUCAGAAUAACGAGUGUGCAGAAUUGAUGACCCACUGCAUGUGAAUCUCAUUGACAAGGUAAGCCAUUUUACUUUGAUGAUUGCAUUGCAAAUGUUCAGAUUUGGAAUUUAUACAUUAAUUAUUUUAGUUAUGAAGUAAAACUCAGGUAUUUGACAAUUUAUUCUUGAUUCAAUAUUAGGGGAAUAGAUCUUGGGUCAUUAGCUUCAAGCCUCCGCAUUGUAUGGUGAGCCCAAUCUAUGGGAAAAGAAUUAUAUUGCAAGUUGAGGCCAGCCAUGCUUUAUGAUACUGAGCGCGCGGCAGUAAAGAAUGAAAAAAAAGAACAACGAAGCCUUAAAUCCCAGUAGGUGGGAUUGGCCACAUGAAUCUUGUUUUGUCAUUGUGCAUGAUCUACUACAAUAUCCUUAGGAUUUAGGAAGAUAAUAUAUUAAAUCCUUAUCAUCUCUCUCCAUGUUAUUCUAGGUCUACCCAUCCCACUUGCACUGCCUCAAAUUAAAUAACGUCUCAAAGCUUGAUAUUGUUGGACCACAACCUAACAGCUUAAGCUUGUAGGUGAAGUGGUCAUCUAACAUGGUAUCAAAGCUAUGGGUGCCAUGAGGUCCAUAGUUUUAGUCUUGUUGUCCAUGUUUAAUGUGUGGUUGUUAAAAAAAUUGUCUUAUUCCCUAAUGGGUGUUACUUAUUGCAUGUUUAUCUCUCCACAUGCAAUCCGGCUGCACAUGUGGGGGAAUGUUAAAGCUUGAUAUAAAUUGUGAGCAGACAACCUAACAAGUCUAAGCUCAUAGGUAAAAUGGUAAUCUACAUCAUCCUUAUUCCCUCUAACGUGUUAUGUUUUUCAUGUUAAUCUCUCCACUUGCAAUCUGGUUAGACGUGGGGGAAUGUUAAAGCUUGAUAUAAGUUAUCGGCCAAUAACAUAACAACUCUAAGCUCAUAGGUAAAGUGGUUAUCUAACAUCACCCUUAUCCUCGUUUGGAGUAUUUUUUGGUCUACAUUGCAAGUAUCUAAAUGUCUUUAAUUGUCCUUCCAUUAUCUUUCUACAGGUGCAACACCUAGCUUACGGCGAAUUUGUUUAUUUCUUUAAUUACCUUAUAAGUUGUACAAUCAUCCAUCUUUUUAGCACUCAUUUAUGUAACUUUUACCUUUUGGAUAUGCUGUUUCUUAGUAGUCCAACAUGAUCCAUUGCUCGUCUUACUAUCAUUCUAUAGAAUCUCCUUUUAAUUCUAAAGGCAUUUUGCAAUCGCAUAAGACACCUAGAGCACUUCUCCAUUUUACCUAGACUACUGUUAACUCUAUGUAUAUAUCUUCAAUUUCUUGUUCAAGUUGCAUAAUUGAUUCAAGGUGCAAAAAUCUACUGGUUCAAAGAAUUUCCUGACCUCCUUUAAUAUUUUUCCCACUAUUCCUCAUUUAAUGAGGAAAAUUGUGUAAUUAUUUUCUCUUGCUUUUACUUAUUUGGAAAUUUCUAUUUCCAGUAGUUUCUCUCAAUUUCAAUUUAGACUCUCCACCUAUAUUUUUUUCAAUUACCCCUGUUAGCCCAUUGUCCCAUCUAUAGACAUAUUGUAUCCUUUUCUAUUUUUUCCCCCUAGAAUGCCACUAUAGGACUUCUCUAGAUAUCAUGUCACAUGCUUUCUCUAUGUCAACAAAAAAUUAUGUGCAAAUCCCUGUUCUUUUACCCUAGAAGUUUCUAUUAAGCUUCAUAGUAGAUAUAUAUAUAUAUAGCUCUGCAAUUGAUCUCCCAUGCAUAAAAAUGAAAUUGAAUUUUUGAAGCCCUAAUUUCUUAUCUUAGCCCUUUUUAAGUUACCGUAGUUUCACUAUUUGCGUAAUUCAUGGUAGUGAUCACAAUUUCGAAUCUCCCUUUUUAUAUUUUGUUCUUGUUUGUUUGUUUGUUUCUUUUUUGUACAGCAGUGAUAAAGCACGCUUCCGCCAUUUGCAAAAUAAACUAUUUAGUCAUAUAUUACUUACUGUAUUAUCUUGUAAGCAUUUCUAAACUUCAAUUCGGAUGUCAUCUCAUUUUACAGUGUGUUCCAUUUCAUCUUCUCACUUAACAUCCUUGAUUUAGAUUUUGUUGAUAAAUUUCAAAUUUUAUCCUUUUGUCACUUUUAUUUAGAUAGCUUAUCAAUACAAGUUUGCUAUAGUUCUUUUAUAUUUUUCUACUUGCACUAUCAUAGUAUCAUCUUCAUUUUUUCUGCUCUUUAUAUUGCCAAUCUUUAGUCUUUCAUUCUCUUGUCCUGGCAAGUUUGAAUGUCUUUCUUCCCAUGUUUAGUACCUAGUGUACUGUACCAAUUAUUACAUGCUUUACAAUUUUCUUCAUUAACAACCUUUUUUUUGUAUCUUUUAUUGCCUCUUGAAACUUUUUGAAGUUUCUCAUAUUUCUACAUUGUUUUUGCGGCCUAGACUACAUUCAUUUUGUUUGAACUGCUUUUUAGCCUAGUCUCUUUACUAAUCUUGCAUUUUCCAUUGGAUUCAGCUGAAACUUGUUUUGUUAUAUUUCUAAUAGAACCAGACAUCCUAUUCCAAAGUUUGUUUGUGUACGUUAUCCCUUAUUGUCCAGUAGCCUUCUUUUCUCAUUUUCUCUUUAAAUUAUAUCAUAUUUUCUCCUUUUAGGUUCCAUGACCUAGUUCUUACAUUGCUUCGUCUCACACUUACUCUUCCAUUUUCUAAUGUAUAUCUCCCAACACUUUUAUGUUUUGUUGAUAAACUUACAACUAGGAUAACCUUACAAUCCUUCUAUGAUAUAUGGUCUACCUUUCAAGUUAAGAAAAGAUCUUUUGGACUUUUAUCUUAUCCCCUCUAAGGUUAUUGUGUCUUUUUUCUUUUUAAAGCACGUAUUCAUCGGUCUAAAGAUCAUAGGAGAUGGUGAACUAUAAGAUUAUAUUACCAACCUCAUUUUUGCCUCAAUAUCCAUGUAUCUUUGUAUCUUCUCAUAAUUUUUAUUAAAUUUGUGACAAUUUAAAUAUGCUUCUAUAACACUUUUCUCUUCCUUGAUAUCUCUGGUAUAAUAUUAUCCAUAUCUACCCCAAAUUGCCAUUUUAUGGUUUUCCCCAAAACAAUUUGAGGAGCAUAAACACUAAUGACUUUUAUUAUCUCUUGUCCUUAGACUAUUUAACUUUUUAAAAUUUUUUUUUUUUAUUCUAUCCCCUCUUUAAACAUCUACAAUACUAUAUUUUAGGUUUUUUGUCUACAAUGAUGCCUACCGUUCACCAAAGUUCAAAUCUUGCCUUUUCACCUUCUUUAGAUUUUUGUCUUAUCCUUUUAGAUUUCUCUUCUAGUUGUUGAGUCAAUUAUUUAUAUGCUUCCAAGGCCCCUACGUUCCAAGCUUCUAACCUAACCCUAAUCUCUUAAACUAUCUUCUUUAAGCACCCAUAUCUAGAAUGGUGUAGGCAUCCAUGUCCAAAAUGGAAUGGGAACCUUCAAAUAUUUUAUAUUAUAUCAAAGUGCUAACAUGGCUCAUUGUGUGGGGUCGACAACUUAGUACACCUUUGCUUAGUUUUCACUACAUCCAAUUUGUGAGUGUGCAAUAUGUUGUCCUAGGGGAUGAAAGGAUGAAUAAUCUCCAAGGAUUCAUAUCAUAGAUAUCUAGCAAAUUGACUGCCUAAUUCAAUCAUAGUGAGCAUUAAUUUUGAAUAUGAGCUAGUGUAAAUGGGCCUUGAAUAGUUGAUUUUGAUGAAAUUUUUAUGGCUUACCCAAGUUGGUUCAAGUACAAAAUUUUGGGAAUUAAUCUUUACAGGUUCAGUUCUAGGUUUUAGGGGGUCAGUCCACCUAGAGGCUAGAAUCAACCCUAUAACCGACCACCCGUUCUAGAAUUGACCUUGUAGACAACCUUGUGGGUUGGUUCUAUAACUCGUCUAGUAAGCUACCUAGCUCAUUAAAAAAAUAUGUUGGUUGUGGUAAAUUUUGAACUUCAGACACAUUAGAAAAAAAACUAAUGAAAAACUAAUAAAAAAUUAGACCAAAUGAAAUUUUAUUUUAAUUUUUUACAAAAAAAUAUUUCAUGAUGAACUUUAUCUAAUUUAUCUAUAAAAUUAAUGAAAGUCAAAACCGUGAAGAGGUAAAUACUAAAGAACGUAGAUAUGUUCAUUCAUAAAGGAGAAGUGUCUGAUGAUAUAUGUACAUUUCUUUAUGGGUUUGUUUUUAUGGCCUCAUUGAUUAUUUGUAGUGUCUCUUUGGUAUCACUGUCUAAAAUUAUAGAAACAAAAACAUAAAGAAAGACUGGAAACAGAAACAAGAACUAAAAAGUAACAACUACCCACCUAUUUAGUUAAUAUUUUCAAAAUCAAAACAAUUUAAAUUCACAUGAUCAUUUUAUUUUUAUUUUAAUUAAAUUUUUUUGUGUAGGAAAAAUGACUUAGUAUAAAAAAAAGCCAAUUGUGGAUAUUAAAGUAAUAAAGGAACUUGAUGCCGCAACAACAAACAACAAGAAAGCAAGCCUAAGUACCACUAGUUGGUUCUGCUACAUGAAUCAUUUUUCACCAAUUUACAUGAUUGUGGGCAAUUUCAGUAAUAAAGGAACUUGAUGCCGCAACAACAAACAACAAGAAAGCAAGCCUAAGUACCACUAGUUGGUUCGGCUACAUGAACCAUUUUUCACCAAUUUACAUGAUUGUGGGCAAUUUCCUUUGACAAUUAGAGGGCUAUAAAAUCCUUAAUAUCUCAUUCCAAUUAAUUUAGGUUUAUCCUUGCUCCUACUGUCACUAAAAAUAACUAGCUCACUUAUGUUAUCUUCUACACAUGCUAUGCUAAUUUACUGUGAAUAUGUUCCUUCUUUAAUUUAACUUUUAACAUUAUACCACACAUCCACCUUAGCAUUUUGAUUUUAGUAAUUUCUACUUUUUGGAUAUGUUCUUCUUAGUCACCCAACAUUCUAAUCCAUAUAGCAUAGUUGGUCUUAUAGCAUAGCAAGAUGUCAUAACAAUUUAAAUUCCGUAUUUAUAAACUGAAAACAGAAACAGAAAACUAACAAUAUAAGUAAAAGCAUUGUCAUCACCCGUUUCUUUCACUCCAGUAACAGAAGUAGAAAAUACCCCUUACUUUCAUACUCUGUAAGGGUUUUUUAAACUUUAGCAAAUGAUGACUAUCUAGUUGAAGUAUUAAGUAAUGUGUCAGAUUUAAGUUUUGUUUGAGAAUUGAAAAUUGUAUAUCUUUUACUUUUUUGAAUUAUAUUGAAAAAAUGUUCUCAAAGAAUAGAUGCUUUUUUAAGACAUGAUUAUAUCAUUUUUUUAUUUUUAUAGUUUUUUUCAUGAGUAACCAAUGCAUUAGUGGAACUCCAAACUGCAUUUUCCCCAUGUUUGGUUCUAGACCUUGGACAAAUUUAGAGAUCAAAUAUUCAUUUUGAGGGCAUAUUUGCAACAACACAUAAUUCUGAAUAACACUCCUGCCUGUUGACUAACAAAAGGUUGGAGUAGAGGAGAGGGCUCAGAAGGGCAUGGUUGGGUUUUUCAAAAACCAUUUUGCUUUUUAAGAUGACUCUUUUAUCAUUCAAGGGCAAAAGUAUUCCAUAGCUGUUGUUUUACUUAUAUUUUUGGUUGUACCACACAGGAAAUAUGGUGGAAUUGCCUACCAAAUAUAUGGCUGAUGUAUAAAUUCUUAAAUGGUGCAUUGGUGCUUAAAUUUUGUACCCAAUUUAGUCUAGUCAUGUGGCUGCUUACGCAGUAUCUGGCAUCUCUUUGGGAUUUUAAUGCCAGCUUGUUUGAAGGGAUGUUGAUUUGAGGAUGUCAAUCAAAAUUGGGUGGCAUUGAGCUGAUUGUUUUUUGUUCUUUUCUUUUCGUAUGUCUCUGUCAGUCAUGUGGCUGAUUGUUUUUUAAUUCUCCUCGCUGUUAUAAUAAAAUUUUUUUUCUAUUAAAAAAAUAUUAUCAAAGAAAUUAAUGAUUUAUAUUUAUUGCUUUCCAAUGAAUCCUCUAAACUUCUAACUUUGGCUCCAUUUGAAUUGACUUUAUCUUUGUAGAAUCUAGCAAAUGAGUUUUUUUCUCUCAGUUGACAUAAAUUAUUUUUAAAAAUGAAAAUAAGCAAAGAAAUUACUUACAUAACUUUAUUUAGAAACCAUUAAAUAAAUUAUUCACAUAUCCUAGUUCUUUGAAAGUUGGUUAGGAAAUCCAUUAGAUUCUACUUGGUUUAAUUUUUGCUCUUUCUGAAAGAAAGAUGUUAUUUUAGAAAAACAGUUGCAAGUAGUCGGAAAAUCCCAGAGUGAAGUGUGUGUUGAACAAAUAGAGCACAUUAAGUAAACAAAGAAAUGUAAUUUUGGGGAGGGCAUGAUGUGUGCGGUCUUACCUCCACUUUUAGUGAAGCUGUUCUGGUGUGAAUAUUUUCUUAUAUAUGUAAAAUGAUUCCAUAGUUUAGCUCUUUGAUGACAGUGGGGAGAAGGAAAUAACUUCUGCACCUGCAUUGCCUGAAUUCCUGGGGAUUUCGUCAAGGAAAAUCUUAUAUUUUAUUGCCUCUUUGUUCUAGUGACUAUAUUUUGAACUCUAAUUUUUUUUUUUUUUUUUCAGUACAUUUAUUAAAUAGAAAUAUGCAGCAAAUUCAGGGAAGCUGCAUAUGCGGUGAUGAUUGCUGUUUUGAUUGUUAACUUGACUAUGUUAUGACUGUUUCAAACUCUAGAUUUUUUCUCCCACUAAGCUCAUUAAAUAGAAGUAUGCAGCAAAUGCAGGGAGGCUGCAUAUGGGUUGUGGACUGGUGUUUUGGUUGUUUACAUGACUAUAUCAUCUGGUUUGCAGCUAACACCAUCUUAAUUUUCUUCCACUUUUCAUUCUGUCAUUCUUUCCCUUCUGUUGUACAGGAAAUCCCUCGAGGUAUCCAGUGGAUUCCACCUUUAACCUGGUGUUGACAGUUGACAAACCUCUCUUACUUUCUUCACGGAGAGUAUAGGAAGGCAUUCCAGAGUGUAUAUUCUUAUUCAUUCUUAUGGAUGGCUAUCCCUGGAACUGCCCUCAUGGAGAAAUGGGUAUCUUGUUUUUCAUCUGUUCUUUUUGGGGUAUCUGGUUUCUACAAGCUGAGCUAGUAUUUGUUGCUGCGGAAAAUCAGUUUCUCAUUCAUUUUUCUCCACUCCUUUUACACCAAGUUUAACUGGGUAGCCUAAUUCAUUCAUCAUUCUUUUUAUAUUAUUGUUAUUUUCUUUUUUAAAUUUUAGCUUGAUUCAAUAUAUGUAUCUUGGGAUUUUAUUAUGGAAUGUUUCAGGCAAGGAUGCCCAGAACUGUUCUCUGAUUUGGAACAUAACUUUUAUGUGGCCAACAAAGAGGUCAAGAUUGAUAGGUUCGAAAUGUUUCAGCCCUUACUAUUA